CGGAGUCGGCGUUGCUGUCGCGGUGUUCUGGUGCGCUGCUAGCCCUGCAGAAGUCCAUUCGCAAAUGUGGGCCAACUAUCGACAACAAAGCGAGUCUUUCAGAGGGUCUUAAAGCGGCUGCCGCGUGUCUGGCGCAGGCGGCUGGGUUGGCUGCGGCAGAGACCAAGGUGUGGUUGUAG